GAGAGCUUCAGCAGACACCGUGGUCUGAGGCGGAAGAGGCCAAUAGCAAGACACUAGCAGAAAUUCUGAUUAAAGAAACUCCCCAAAAUAUUGGAUAAGGAUUGUGACUCUGACCCGCUUGGAGAAGAUGAACCUCAUGGAUUCGUCUGAGACAGUAAAGGGUAAAAUCCUAGACAAAAACAAGGAAUACACAGACACGAUGGAGAAAUAUUCUUCCAUCUGGAGGAAUAAAUUUUGGCCCAGAGACAGAAACAAGUGGCAUUACAGCGUCAUCCAGAGGAGCCAAAAGCUCAUACCAUUCCUGAAUCCCAAAACAUCUUCAAAGCUAAAGCCCCACACAGUGGUGCUGCAAGGGCCUGCUGGUGUUGGGAAAACCACACUGGCCAAAAAUUUGAUGCUGGAGUGGACAGAGGACAACCUCAAAAAGACAUUCAAAUAUGCUUUCUAUCUCAGCUGCAAGGAACUCAACCAGAUGGGGCCGUGCACUUGUGCUGAGCUGAUUUCCAAGGACUGUCCAGAGUUGCAGGAUGCCAUUCUGGAGGUUCUAGACCAAUCACAGAGAAUCCUGAUCAUCAUUGAUGGUUUUGAUGAACUGAGAUUCCCCCCUGGGGCACUGAUCCGUGAUAUAUGUGGUGACUGGAAGCAGCAGAAGCCAGUGCCCAUCCUCUUGAGUAGUUUGCUGACAAGGAAAAUGUUCCCCAGAGCAACUCUCCUGAUCACCACACGACCCUGGGCGCUGAGACAGCUCUGGCUCUUAAUGCAGCAGCCACUCCUCAUAGAAAUGGAGGGCUUCUUGGAGAUGGACAGGAAGGAGUAUUUCUUGAAACACUUCCAAGAUGAGGACCAAGCCCUGCGAGCUUUCGACUUGAUGAGGAGCAAUACGGCCUUGUUCAGCAUGGGCUCAGCACCCAUGGUGUGCUGGAUUGUCUGUACUUGUCUGAAGCUGCAGAUGGAGAAUGGAGAGGACCCCACACCCACUUGCCAAACCACCACAUCAUUGUUCCUGCGUUUCGUCUGCAGCCAGUUCAUGCCGGUACCUGACAGCUGGCGGGGUUGGUGCCUCCAAGCCCCAGUGAAGGCUGUGUGUCUCCUGGCAACUGAGGGUGUAUGGACGCAGACAUCUGUGUUUGAUGGAGAAGACCUCAAGAGACUUGGGGUGAAGGAGUCUGAACUUGGCCCUUUCCUGGACAAGAAUAUCCUUCAGAAGAGCAAGGACUGUGAAGGCUGCUACUCCUUCAUCCACCUCAGUGUCCAGCAGUUCUUUGCUGCCAUGUUUUAUGUUCUGGGGAGCGAGGAGGAAGAAGACAGGGAGAUCCACAAGGGGAACAUUGGGGAUGUGCAGAAGCUGCUGUCCAAGGAAGAAAGAUUAAAGAACCCCAUCCUGACCCAGGUGGGAUACUUCUUAUUUGGCCUCUCAAAUGAAAAGAGAGCUAGGGAGCUGGAGACAACGUUUGGCUGCCGAGUGUCAACAGAGGUCGAACAGGAAUUGCUAAGAUGGAAAGUGAAGUCCGAUGAGAACAAACCUUUCUCAGUGAUGAGCAUGAAGGAUGUUUUUCACUCUCUCUAUGAAUCUCAGGAGAAGGAGUUUGUGAAGGAUGCAAUGGCCCAUUUCAAGGAAGUGUCCUUGAGGUUGAAAAAUGAAACAGAUGUUGUACACGCUUCUUUCUGCCUCAAGCAUUGUCAAAAUUUGGAGAAAAUGUCAUUGAAGGUUGAAAAAGGGAUCUUUCUGGAGAAUGAUACUUCCUUGGAAUCAGGCUCUCGGGUUGAGAGGUCCCGGCGUGAUUACCGCUUUCUUCCUCUCUGGGUGGACCUCUGCUCUGUGGUCAGCUCAAAUGAGAAUCUGAGCAUUCUGGAUGUGAGUCACAGCUUCCUGAGUGACACCUCGGUGAGGAUACUUUGUGAGCAGAUGGCCCGCGUUGCCUGUAAUCUCCAGAAGGUGGUAAUUAAAAACGUCUCCCCUGUUGAAGCUUAUCGGGACUUCUGUCUGGCUGUCAUUGGUAAGAGGACUCUAACACACUUGAUCCUGGAAGGAAGCGUCCACAGUGAGAAGAUGCUACUGCUAUUGCGUGAGGCCCUGAGACACACCAAGUGCAACCUUCAGUAUCUGAGGUUGGGAUCUUGUUUGGCUACUACUGAGGAAUGGGAUAAUCUCUUCUCAGCCCUCGAAAUCAACCAAUCCCUGACAUGCCUGAACCUUACAGCCAGUGAGCUCUCGGGUGAGGAUGUGAAGUUGCUGUGUAUGGCUCUGAAACACCCAAGGUGCUCUCUGCAGAUAUUAUCGUUGGAAAAUUGUCAUCUUACAGAAGCCAGUUGCAAGGAUCUCUCUUCUGCUUUAAUCAUCAACCAGAAGCUGACACAUCUGUCAUUGGCAAAGAAUGAGCUUGGGGAUGGUGGGGUGCGGCUUCUGUGUGAGGGCUUGAGCUACCCCGACUGUAAACUCCAGACCCUGGUGCUCUGGGGCUGUUCCAUCACAACUCUCUGUUGUCAAGAUCUUGCCUCAGCUCUCAUCAACAAUAACAGCCUGGAAAGUCUGGACCUGGGCCAGAAUAUCUUGGGACAGAGUGGAGUUACACUGCUCUUUGAAGCUUUAAAACAAAAGAAUGGCUUCUUACAGAAACUCAGGUCAACUUUUACAUUCUGAAAUGUGAACAUUAUGUCCAGUGAAGGUAUGGGGCGGUGUAUAGAACAAAAACCUGAGAAUCACUCAAUGGAAUCCUGGAGCUAUAGAAGCUGGAUGAACCUUCAAAACUAUUGGCCAGAGGUAAUCUUUAAAUCUCAAACCCAAACUAUCCACUAAACUCUUCUUUGAACCAAAAAAUAGUUUAUCUUAAUAAGUAAAAUAUAUCUGCUU